AUGACCACAUCUAUUGCUUCCCAAUACCACCACCUCCUCCUUGCUUUACUGAUUACUAUCUUUACAACAGUUUUUCCACUUAACAUUGGUGUAAAAUCAUCACUCAUGUACCCUCUUAGUUGCUCUGAUCCCAUCCAAACAUGUUAUUCUUACCUAUAUCACAUCUCCAAAGGGCUCCAAUUAGAAGAAAUAGCCUCUUUCUACUCGGUGAACAUAUCUAAGAUUGAACCUAUUACUCAUGGUAUCAAACAAGAUUAUCUGGUCUCUGUUCCUUGCACUUGCAAAGAAGUGAAUGGCACAAGCAUGUACUUCUAUGACACUCCUUAUACAGUACAAGCAGGCAAUACAUUCAUAAAUAUCUCAAGUGAGUUCUACAGUGGACAAGUGUGGCAGGUCACAGGGGAAGACAAGCAAUUUGUCGCUGGAAGCAUGGUUACUAUGCAUCUUUUAUGCGGGUGUGUGGAAAGGGAAUCUCAAGUAAUAGUAACAUACACGGUUCAAGAGGAUGACACAGUUCAAGAUAUUGCGGGGCUUUUAUCUGCAGAAGUGAACGAGAUUGAGAACAUGAAUGCAAGGUUGACUAGAAAUCCAAAUUAUAUAGAUAUUGGGUGGGUGUUGUUUGUACCUAUGGAGAAAAGGGGACUUCAAGCCCCCAAGCAACCGGUGACUCUAUUUUCGGUGGUGAUCACUUUGAUCCUAUUUCUUAGAAGAAACCAAACCCUAGGACACAGUGAAGAAGAUCCGCAAACAACCAUCGCAGACCCAAGUUCCCUGAGAGUUUUCUUGCAGAAUCAAUCUCUCGAAAAGGACAUUGAAGGUAACAUGGCAGCUGAGGCCAUAGGACUUCAUAAAGAUGUGACGGAUAUCGAGUCAGAUAAACCAGUUAUAUAUAGACUGGAGGAGAUUGAUGAGGCAACAGGUAAUUUUGAUGUAGCAAGGAAAAUAGGAGAAGGUGGAUAUGGGAGUGUAUACUUUGGAAUAUUAAGAGAACAGGAAGUUGCAGUUAAGAAGAUGAAAUCGAGCAAAUCAAAAGAGUUUUUAGUGGAGCUCAAGGUUCUAUGCAAGAUACAUCACAUUAAUGUGGUGGAAUUGCUUGGGUAUGCAAGUGGGGACAACCACCUCUAUUUGGUUUAUGAGUACGUCCAGAAUGGAUCACUUAAUGUGCGUCUUCAUGAUCCUUUGCUGAAAGGUCAUCAGCCUCUUUCAUGGACAGCCAGAGCAUAUAUAGCACUUGAUGCAGCCAGGGGAAUUGAAUACAUUCAUGACCACACAAGGGCACGCUAUGUGCACCGGGAUAUAAAGACAAGUAACAUUCUACUUGAUCAGGGACUCAGAGCAAAGGUUGGAGAUUUUGGAUUGGCAAAACUUGUAGAACGAUCAGAUGAAGAAGAUCUUAUAGUAACACGCCUCGUUGGGACCCCUGGUUAUCUAGCUCCAGAGUCCAUACAGGAAAUUCAAACAACCUCUAAGGCCGAUGUUUUUGCAUUUGGGGUCGUUUUAGCAGAGCUGAUAACUGGUCAACGCGCCCUCGUUCGUGACAACCGAGAACCAAACAGGAUGAAAUCCCUGAUUUCAGUUAUGAAAGCAAUAUUUUGCAAUACGGAUCCAAUGACUGCUCUAGAAGCCAACAUUGAUAGUAACCUAAAAGGGAGUUAUCCUGCAGGGGAAGUGUACAAGUGUUGGUGGGAGGGGGGGGGGGGAGGGGCUCUAGAUCUUGAGCCAAUAGUAGUAGUUCUAAAUUUCGGGCUUAGAGGUGGCGGGGUUGAUUUAGGGCAUGGUGACAAUGGGGUUUGGAUUUCAAGUUUUGUGGUAGUUUGUAGACCACAGGGUUGUAGAGCUAGUGGUGAUGGGAGCGAUGACAAUUAUGGAGGUUCUUUGGUUCUCGGGCUUGGUGGUGAAGGUUUUGAUCGAAGGUUGAUGGCAAUGAUGGUUAAAGAAUGGGCUUUUUGGCUGGAUACUGAAAAUUUGGUUGUUUUAAAUACAAAGUGCAACGAAAUCAAUAGUUCCCUAGGUCAAUGUCUUAUGGUAAAAAUGGGACUGCAAAGAAGUGUGCCCCGUGCUUCAAAUCCUUUAGCAAUCGCCUAA